AUGCAAUCCCUUAACUUUCUUCUCACUGCCCUUGCCGCGACAGCAGUUAGGGCAACCUGUCUCCCAUCAUCCCAUGGGACCCCUGCCUUCCCGUCAUCCAUGAUCACCUUCUCUGCCGGCUUCGAACAGCCACAGCCACCUCUGAUCAAACCAGAGUAUCAGGCCAGUUUUGUUCAGCAUAAAUGGAAUGCGAACCUAUCCCACAUCACGACUGGUUACAUCGACAAUUCCCCUUCCGAUGCUUUCGUCCGUGUGGGCGAAGCCUACGAGGGUCAGAUUUCGUGGUCGUUGUUUGACUAUUCCAACGUUAGCGAGUCAGGCCUCGUGGACAACACGAUGACGACGUAUGGCCCGAACUCCACCACCCCGAGCGUGUGGAGGGGUUAUGUGAACUCGAAUUUCCCCAUCUUUCAGAGUGAUAUUCUGGUCGAAGCUGGAGCAGUCUACGAAGGACUCGUGCAGAGGGAUUUCAUCCCAUCGCCUGUUGCCGCGUGGAGCAUCAUGUACCAGGGUGCCAUUCCGGUGACGGUCUACGUCAAUGAAUGUAAUGUUGUCGUUGGCUACGACUACUUUGCCCCUGACUUGCGAACCCGAGUGAUCAUGGAGUUCUUCAAUAUUCAGGCAAAGUGA